CGCAAAAUCAGCUGUUAUUCACUGUUAUUAUUAAUUCUAUUUGCAAAAUUAAAACUUGAUUAUUUAUUUGUUGUUUAUAAUAAUUAAUUAUUCAUUAAUUAUUUAGCUUUAAUUAUUGCAACAUAUUUAUUCUAAGAAAUUGUCAUUCAUUGAAUGAUAAAUGAAAAUUGUAUUUUGAAAUUUUUUUUCUCUCUACAACAAUGGAAGUAGUCAAUGAAAAAUCAGCAUAUUUAAGUAACUUUGAAGUACUUAAUUUAUUAAAGGGUAUUAAAGAAAAUAAAAGUAAAAAAAAAAAUCUUAGUGAAUUGGCAACAGUGACAUAUGAAACAGUAAGAUACCUUGAAGGUACACCAUGUGAAAAUCAAAAUCCAGAAAAAAUAAAGGCUUUUAUGUCACAAGUUGAAAAAUUUAAAUUAACAAAAUGUGAAAAAUUAAUGAUUGUUAAUACAGUACCAAAGUCAUUAAUUGAAAUACAAUGUAUUGUUGAAGAUUCAGAAGAUCGUUUAUCAGAAGAAGAGGUAAAUAAUCUUCUUGAUGUUAUUAAAAAUACUUUAGAUGAAACUCCUGAAUUACCUGAAGAAUCAUCAACCGAAAAAUAAUUUAAAAAAAUAAAAUAUAUAUACCAUUAUACCUGCAUACCAAUGUAAUUUAUAAAUUCACA